GGGGUCCACAACGCCGCCGUACAUCAGGCCGGGUCGGACCUAUACGCCCAGAACCUGAACCAGGAGCGGGACGGGAGGACGGAGGUAGGGUUCUAGCCGCCGUUCCAACCAUGGCCCUCUCGCCGUCUUCCUCCUCCCUGCUCCGCCGCCUUCUCCCCCUCUCCUCCACCCGCUCAUCCGUACUUCGCGCCGCCUUCUGCACCUCCUCUUCGGGCCCCUCCCCCACCCCGACACCCCCGUCCUCCAUCUUCGGCGACGACGCCGAGGUCAGCAACGUGCCGCCGCUCACCACCCCCAAGCUCUUCGUCAGCGGCCUUUCAAGGUUAACGACAGAUGAGAAGCUUAAGAACGCAUUUAUUCCCUUCGGACAGGUCCUAGAAGCAAAAGUUAUAACUGAUAGAAUUUCUGGGAGAUCAAAGGGCUUCGGUUUUGUUAGGUAUGUGAGUCUACAAGAAGCUGAGGCCGCACGACAGGGGAUGAAUGCCAAGUUUCUGGAUGGAUGGGUCAUUUUUGUUGACCCUGCGAAACCAAGGGAGCAGAAGCCUGCUCCUCAGCCAGAUUCCGCUUCCUCGCACACUGGCUUCACGACAAAUAAAACUGUAGGAUGGUGUGGUUAGUCGUGUAGCCUUUGUGCUCUAUAACCUGACCUGUGCCUGGAGAUGCUUUUCUUGGUGCGUUUUGGUAAUCUAGUUCUAGCGGGCUAAAUCAGAGUUUUUGUGCGGUUCAUUGCUACUCAUGAAAACAUAGUGUGAUAAUGUGAUGCUGAUGAUGUUAUGGGGUUUUUAAA